CACCUUGAACACUGCAUUCCGAUAAAGCUAGACUAGAAAUGAAGUACUGACAGAGCCCUGUCGUUCCUUAAAACGGUCUCAUGUGUGAUGUGCGCCCACCAACCAGUGCUUACUUUCGGCAUAAAAGCCAUUCUAUUGCACGAUCGUGCUAAUUGCCCCUCACCCAGCUAUCGCAACGAAACGAUCCCUUCGUUUAUCAUGUCCUUCAGUUACCCUCCGUCGUGUUCAGAGAAUGCAUACCCGAGCAUGCUCACCAACUCUUCUAAUGGUGACCGGCGCGUUGCCCAGCGUGGGUGGCGUCCGUCGUCGUUCGUGUCCAACUUGGGUACUUCACUCAUGUCCAAGGACGCCGCAUAUACCAGCUUCCAACGUUCACAUUCUGGUGGCAGUUUGGAAGGACUUGACAGUAGCACCAGCACGGUCGUCCGGAUGUCCCAGGAUGUUAUGUCCCAGCAGGGUAGUGCCUUGGCAGAUGACGAGAGCUUUAUCCGACGGCGGUCUGAAGGGGAACCGCCAAAAGAAUGGAGGAUGUUGUUUAUCUUCGAUGUCAUUCAGGACUUGAUGGGCAGGAUGCGCCACUACCACUGCCGGAUGCGACAAGCGCUUUGGCUCAGACUGAUUGAGGGGGAUGUGGACGACGACGUGUGGCUCCGAUCCGAGAAACCAUAUUGGCAUUCGUGGUAUGAUUGGGAGCUUACGCAAAGGGAUGGGUGUCUUAGCGAGCCUUAUGACAAGUCACUUCCAAACGGAGGCAGGUAUAACCUGCUCAUUCCCUUGGGUAGUUUUGCAGAUGUACUGUCAUUUUGUGGAGGUUGGGACUGA